AUGAGACUCUUCCAGACAAGCUUGCUUCUCCUCUGCGUGGUAGCUGCCACCGCCAUCCCCAUCGUGCCCUGGAAGGUCAAAUGCCCGCUGCAAUGCGUCUGCCAGAUCAGGCCGUGGUAUACUCCCCGCUCUGUGUACUGUGAGGCUGCCACGGUGGACUGCAAUGACUUGUUCAUCUCUGCGGUGCCUGAAAACUUGCCGGAGGGGACGCAGACCCUGCUCUUGCAAAGCAACAACAUUGCCAGGCUUGAGCAGAGCGAGCUGGACUAUCUCAAAAACCUGUCGGAGCUGGACCUAUCACAGAACAGCUUUUCUGAUGUCUGGGACUUUGGCCUGAAGAACAUGCCCCAGCUGCUCAGCCUGCAUCUGGAGGAGAACCAGCUGGCCGAGCUGCCUGACAACAGUUUUCCUGGCCUGGGUAACCUGCAGGAGCUCUAUCUGAACCACAAUCAGCUAUGCAGGAUCUCCCCCCAGGCCUUCUCCGGCCUUGGCAGCCUGCUCCGGCUCCACCUCAACUCCAAUCUGCUCAGAACAGUUGACAGCCGCUGGUUCCAGAUGCUCCCCAACCUUGAGAUCCUCAUGAUUGGAGGCAACAAGGUGGAUGCUAUCUUGGAUAUGAAUUUCAGGCCCCUGUCAAACCUGCGGAGCUUGGUCUUGGCUGGGAUGAACCUGAGGGAGAUCUCAGACUAUGCGCUAGAAGGCCUGCGGAGCCUGGAGAGCCUUUCUUUCUAUGACAACAAGCUUGUGAAUGUCCCCAAGCAGGCGUUGCAGCAAGUUCCUGGCCUCAAGUUCCUAGAUUUGAAUAAAAACCCGUUGCAGAGGGUUAAGCAAAGUGACUUCAUGAACAUGCUACACCUCAAAGAGCUGGGGCUUAACAACAUGGAGGAGUUGGUUUCCAUAGACAAAUUUGCCUUGAUCAACCUCCCUGAGCUGACUAAACUAGACAUGACCAACAACCCCAAGCUGUCCUUUAUCCACCCCAGUGCAUUCCACCAUCUUCCUCAAAUGGAAACCCUCAUGCUCAACAACAACGCCUUAAGUGCCUUGCAUAAGCAGACGGUCGAGUCCCUGCCCAACCUGCAGGAGAUCAGCAUCCACAGCAACCCCAUCCGCUGUGACUGCAUCAUCCGCUGGGUCAACAGCACCGAGAACCACAUCCGCUUCAUUGAACCCCAGUCUACCCUGUGCGCUGAGCCCCCAGACCUGAAGAGGAGGCAUAUCCGAGAUGUCCCCUUCCGGGAGAUGACGGACCGGUGCCUGCCUCUUAUCUCUGCCAAGAACUUCCCCUCCCAUCUUGAGGUUGCAGACGGUGAGAAUAUCUCCUUGCACUGCCGAGCUCUGGCAGAGCCAGAACCAGAGAUCUACUGGGUCACUCCUUCAGGUGUUAAGCUGAUCCCCUAUGUGGAAGAUGGGCGGUACAAAGUGCACCCCGAAGGGACAUUGGAGAUUCACAGGAUCUCCGCUCAGGAGGCUGGGCUGUACACCUGCGUGGCUCAUAACCUCCUUGGUGCAGACACCAAGAGUAUCAGUGUGACGGUCAAUAGCUCCUUCCCACUCAAUGAGGACAGCCUGGAGCUGGUGGUGAUGGAGGUCCAGGCCUACCACAUCCUGGUUGCAUGGAAGCCACAUCUCAACACCAUCUCCUCUAACCUCAGCUGGUCCAGCUUUUUGCUUAGCUCCAAUUUGGACAUGACCAAUGUGGCCCGGAUCCCUAUAGGGACCCACACGUACAACAUCACCCGGCUCCACCAGGACACUGAGUACUGGGCCUGCCUCCACAUGGCCUUUGUAGACUUGCAGGCCAAGGUGGCUUGCGUGAACGCCAGGACUAAAGAGGCCAGCUACCGCUACAGGUUCCUCGAGGGCAGGCAGAGCAUCCUGACAAUGCUGGUGCUCUGCAUCUUGCUGCUCUCCGCCAGCCUGGUAGGUCACUAUGGCUUCAGGUCCUUCGGGGCAGAGCCUAGGAGCGCCGCGGAGCUGCUCCCACGCUGCACGCCGUGCAGCCCGGGCGCUUCCUCGGAGCGUGUGAUCUACCCACCCUUCGUCCAGCACUGGGGUCGGGGGCAGCGCAGGGAGAAGCUCCUCACCGUGGAGGUGCAAUCGACCCCCCUGGAGUCUUGA